GACUGCGCAUGCGCCAGGAGGAGGUCAGCUUCUUGAAGUUGAUCGAUCGCAGGCGAUGGCUCCCCUCCCGGGAGCAGAGCUGGUGAAGAGCCCUCUGCAGCUCUACCGAUACCUGCUGCGUUGCUGCAAGUUGCUGCCAGGGAAGAACGUCCGGGAGCACUACAAGCACACGAUCCGGCAGAGUUUCCAAGUCCAUGCUGAUGAAGACAACCCGGAGCGGAUCCGGCAGAUCAUCAAGAGGUCCAUUGAAGAUGCUGACUGGGUGAUGGAAAAAUAUAAGAAACAAAAGUAGGCCGGAAAGGGUUAGACGGAGAGAAGACGCCUCGUUUCUUGAA